AGCUCAGUAGGAGAGCUCAGUCAACCCUGGAGUUUUUUGAUGUCAGAGCGUUUUUGGAUUAUCGUGGAGUAAACUUUUCCCGUGGAUUAUUUCAAGACCCCAGCUGGAGUGGACUAUUGAUCCCUUUUUUAAGAAAAAUCACAUGACACAGAAUCGGGUACGAAUUUAAAUGAUAGAAAAAUACAGUGACGACAGAUUCUGUGACAAAAAUAUAACAUUUUUACACAACAUGUAUUAUAAAUAUAAUAUUUUACCGAGACUAUGAGGCAAUAAACACAGACAUAAGUCAACUGGUUGACAAAGAAUGCGCCAUUAAAUUAAUCUUGUGACUCAGCCGCCAAACCUGUCUUUUCUGCCAGCAGGUGAAUAUAAGCCUCACACUCCCAGCCACACGCUUUAUUACUCAGUGACAGGUAGGCCAAAAGUGAUAAGGAUCUGAGUUUCAACAACCCGACCUGGACUUUGCUACCUGUGAGUUUUUUACAGGCUCAGGUGGAGCCCUGCUGCUCACCUGCUGUUUCAGGAAAUGAAACUCUGAUCCAUUCCACACACCGCGGCAGGAGAUCUCAUGCAGUAAGUUUGCUUUAACUGAAGAUGCUGUUGCUUUUGAGGAAUAUUUGGUCACGAAGGUCGGGAUUUUCAUCCACGGAGACCAUUAGUGAGAGUCAACGCUGGACAACAACACUAACAUGACUGUUCUCCGGAUAUCAAGGCCCGACCUCUUCCUCAUCGGGUUCUUACUGUGUGCAACUGGAGUGGUGUCGGGGCAGUUCCAGCUCGAGCCGCUGAAUUCAACGGUCCUCCAAGGCUCUGAUGCGCAAUUCAAUGCCAGUGUGCAAGGAAAAUGGAAUAUCAUGACCUGGGAAGUCAGAGGGUUCCUGGUCCUCACUUUCCCCUUCACCGGGAACGUAAUCUCGUCCUCAAAGCAGUUCUCCGCCAACUUCUGCUCCAGUGUUGACACCAGUUGUGUGGCGUUCACCAUCCAUAACGUCACCCGCGGUGGUCAGGCCGGCCCGGUCGUUUGCACGAUACAGGGGGAUUAUGGAUCGAAGACGGCACAGCUUUACGUCCAAGAGAGCGGUACGGUCAACGUCAAGGGGGGAAACGUGACGGUGGUGCAGCACCAGCAGGUGGAGUUCCAGUGUGUAACAUCCGCUUGGUUCCCCACCGCUACUGUCAGCUGGACCCGAAACGGCCAAGCUGUGAACAAUAGCCUGUACAACACCACCAGCAUGGCCGAUGGGGAGACCUUCAAUGCCUCCAGCGUCCUGAGGUUCCAGGCCAUCAGCAACGCCACGGUGGAGUGUCGGGCGACUGUGCUGUCACUCGCAAGUCCGGAAUCCAGCUCUGUCUUCCUGGUGGUUGUUCCCAAGCCUCCUGACUGGACCGUGCUGAUCGCUGUGGUCGUGUCCAUCGGAGGUUUCGCUCUGCUGGUUUUGCUCAUCAUCGGUAUUAUCUUCUGCUGCAAGCGCAGGGAAGAAAAGCAAGCCAACGACCGGGAUGAAAUGAGAGCGAAGACGCACAGCCAGAUAAGCGGUGGCAGUGCAGCCGGAAACAGACGGGGUCAAGAGAACGCAGGAUACGUGCCGGAGGAUCAAGCCAGUGUCGCUCCCAGCAAAAUUACUGACAGCGGCUUUUCUCAAGCAAGCGGCGCUGAAGUUCAUGAGGUGGCCGUGAACACUAACCAGACAGGAAAUGUCUACAGUGGUGCCCACAUCACUGCGGGUGAAUCCGGCGUCAGGAAACACAGACAUCUCACCAUCGUGUGAAAACAGAAAGAGGAACGUAACUCUUUUGGAACCGACUUGCACAGCACCUUGAAGCUUCGCUGCUUCUGGUCACCAAACAUUGGGGAAAGGUGAGAAGAAGGACUGAAUCUGCCCAGACCAAAAACCUGUUGGCAGGAGACAUGCGGGACAUGUGUUUAGUGCACUGUCUGUAUGAAGCUGUAUGUGCAGAAAGUAAACGUUAGGAUAUUAUUCCUCCUCAGUAGCAUCAUCACAGACCACAUGAUGGCCGUUAACACUUAAACCGCUGGAGGAGGGAUUGAGGUUGUAACAGCUCUAGAUUAUUUUGUUGCAUUGCUAUGACAGUUCAUAUUAAGCCAUAUAUUUAUAUUUAUGAGUUGUAUAAGUUAAAUCACAUAUUCAAAGGGACCAAUAUAAACCUACUGUGUUCUCCUGCAUAUUUAAGUGUCUUCAAAUGUAAUCCUCCCUAAAUUAAAUGAUUCUCUGCUUGAGGGCCUAUUUUUAAGGCGUGAUGAAAUAACCAAUAAACCCGUUCACGUAUAGUGUUUGAAAUAGUCCCCAAUGAAGAACAUUUCACAUGUAUUCAAUUCAGUUUAUUUUGUAUAGCCCAACAUCACAAGUUACACAUUUUUCUCAAAGGGCUUUAUAUACUGUAUGCAUUCAACAUCCCUGACCUUUGACCUCACAUCAGAUCAGGAAAAAUUCCAAGAAAUAGAAGAAACCCUUUCACAGGGAAAAAAGGGAAGAAACCUUCAGGAGAGCAACAGAGGAGGAUCCCCUCUCCCCAUGUAUGAAUUGUAAAUGUGUCUUAAAAUGAUUUUUAUGUUUUCUAAAGUGCCAAAGCUCCACUUUUCUACUGAGACACUGAGCAGACAAAAGACGUGAAGCCAGCAGAGUUCCAGUGGAGGCUCUGACUUGAAUUUCUUUGAACAAAAUAAAUAAACCCAUGAAUUUAACAGAAGACGUUCUUACAUUAAUUACUAUUUUAUGAAUUAACAUACUCAUCUAUAUACUGAAGGGUGAAUUAUAACAGUUACUUUAUCACAUUUCCAAUUAAAGUUGUUAUGUUUUGAUUUUC